AAGGAGAAGCGGCGCUGGCGAGAUGGGGGACUCCAAAGUGAAGGUGGCCGUGCGGGUCCGGCCCAUGAAUAGGAGGGAAAUUGACCUGCAUACAAAAUGUGUGGUGGAUGUGGAUACAAACAAAGUUAUUCUUCAUCCUGUGAACACUAACCUUUCCAAAGGAGAUGCCAGGAGCCAACCAAAGGUGUUUGCCUACGAUCACUGCUUCUGGUCUAUGGAUGAAGCGAUGAAAGAAAAAUAUGCAGGCCAAGAUGUUGUUUUCAAGUGCCUUGGAGAAAACAUACUCCAGAAUGCUUUUGAAGGCUACAAUGCGUGUAUCUUUGCCUAUGGACAGACGGGGUCUGGAAAAUCUUACACGAUGAUGGGCACAGCCGACCAGCCUGGACUGAUUCCUCGUCUCUGCAGCACUCUCUUCGAAAGAGCCCAGAAAGAGGAGAGCGAGGAGCAGAGUUUUAAAGUGGAGGUGUCCUACAUGGAGAUUUACAACGAGAAAGUCAGAGAUCUGCUGGACCCAAAGGGGAGCCGCCAGUCCUUAAAAGUCAGGGAGCACAACGUGUAUGGACCUUACGUAGACGGGCUUUCGAAACUGGCUGUGGCCAGUUACAAGGAUAUAGAGUCUUUGAUGUCUGAAGGCAAUAAAUCUCGGACAGUCGCCGCGACCAACAUGAACGAAGAGAGCAGUCGAUCCCACGCAGUGUUCAAGAUCAUCCUCACGCACACAUUGUACGACGUAAAAUCAGGGACGUCCGGCGAGAAAGUGGGAAAGCUGAGCCUGGUGGAUUUAGCAGGCAGCGAAAGAGCAACCAAGACGGGAGCUGCAGGUGACAGGCUGAAGGAAGGAAGCAACAUCAACAAAUCCCUCACAACUCUUGGGUUGGUCAUUUCUGCCCUUGCGGAUCAGGCUGCUGGCAAAAAUAAGAACAAGUUCGUUCCUUAUCGCGACUCGGUGCUCACCUGGCUACUCAAAGACAGCCUUGGUGGCAACAGCAAGACUGCUAUGGUUGCUACGGUCAGCCCAGCGGCAGAUAAUUACGAUGAGACCCUUUCCACGCUGAGGUACGCCGACCGGGCCAAGAACAUCGUGAACCAUGCCGUGGUGAAUGAAGACCCCAACGCCCGGAUCAUCCGGGAACUGCGGGAGGAAGUGGAGAAACUCAGGGAACAGCUCACCAAAGCAGAGGCUAUGAAAUCUCCAGAACUGAAGGACCGUUUGGAAGAGUCCGAAAAACUUAUCCAGGAGAUGACGGUGACCUGGGAAGAGAAGCUAAGGAAGACGGAGGAGAUUGCACAGGAGCGGCAGAAGCAGCUUGAAAGCCUGGGCAUCUCUCUCCAGUCAUCUGGGAUCAAAGUGGGCGACAACAAGUGCUUCCUAGUGAAUUUGAACGCCGACCCUGCACUGAACGAACUUUUGGUCUACUACCUAAAGGAGCACACGUUAAUUGGGUCGGAUAACUCCCAGGAUAUCCAGCUGUGUGGAAUGGGGAUUCUUCCUGAACACUGCAUCAUAGACAUCACCUUGGAAGGGCAGGUUAUGCUAACGCCGCAGAAGAAUACCAGGACCUUUGUCAACGGCACGGCUGUCACGGGCCCCACGCAGCUGCACCAUGGGGACAGGAUCUUGUGGGGAAACAAUCACUUUUUCAGGCUGAAUUUGCCCAAAAAGAAAAAGAAGGCUGAAACGGAGGACGAAGACAAAGACAAUUCGAUGAAAGGGAGCAGCAGCUCUGAGCAGCUGGACAUGGAUGGAGACAGCUCCAGCGAAGUGUCGAGCGAGAUUAACUUCAGCUAUGAAUACGCUCAGAUGGAGGUGACCAUGAAAGCUCUCGGUGGGAAUGAUCCUAUGCAGUCCAUUUUGCAAAGCCUGGAGCAGCAGCACGAGGAGGAGAAGCGGUCCGCCCUGGAGCGGCAGAGGCUGAUGUACGAACACGAGCUGGAACAGCUCCGCCGGCGCCUUUCUCCGGAGAAGCAGCACUUCCGCGCCAUGGACAGGUUCUCCUUCCACUCCCCCAGCGCCCAGCAACGGUUACGGCAAUGGGCGGACGAGAGAGAGGAGAUGCUAAACCACAGCCUGAGGAAACUGAGGGAGCAGAUCAUGAAGGCCAAUUCGUACGUGCGAGAAGCCAGCUUCAUCGCAGAGGAGAUGGACAAAAGGACGGAGUACAAGGUCACCCUGCAAAUCCCGGCGUCGAGCCUUAAUGCAAACAGAAAGCGAGGGGCAAUUCUCAGUGAGCCUGCCAUCCAGGUGAGGCGGAAAGGGAAAGGGAAGCAGAUCUGGUCCCUGGAGAAGCUGGAGAACCGGCUGGUGGACAUGAGGGACCUCUAUCAAGAAUGGAAAGACUGCGAGGAGGACAACCUGGUCAUGAGGUCUUACUUCAGGCGAGCGGAUCCUUUUUACGACGAGCAGGAGAACCACUGCCUCAUUGGCGUCGCCAACGUCUUCCUCGAGUCUCUCUUUUACGACGUGAAGCUGCAGUACGCCGUGCCCAUCAUCAAUCAGAAGGGAGAGGUGGCAGGCCGUCUGCACGUCGAGGUGGUGCGUGUGAGUGGUGAGAUCGGGGAGCGCAUCGCGGGCGGUGAUGACGGCAUGGAGGGCUUUGCCGAGAACGACCAGCAGGAGCACAAGUUAGUGUGCAUGAUCAAAAUCCUUCAGGCUACUGGGUUGCCUCAGCAUCUCUCCAACUUUGUGUUCUGCAAAUAUUCCUUCUGGGAUCAGCUGGAACCCGUGACGGUGGCCCCAGAAGUGGAUCCCUCUCUCUCGCCCAUCAGCAAGGAGCCGCGGUGCAUGGUCGUCUUCGAUCACUGCAAUGAAUUUUCGGUCAAUAUUACUGAAGAUUUUAUGGAGUAUCUUUCUGAUGGUGCACUGGCCAUUGAGGUUUACGGACACAAGCAGUGUGACCCUCGGAAAAACCCGGCACUUUGGGAUUUGGGAAUAAUUCAAGCCAAAACGCGAAGUCUCCGAGACAGAUGGAGUGAGGUCACCCGCAAAGUGGAGCUCUGGGUUCAGGUCCUGGAGCUUAAUGAGAAUGGGGAAUACUGCCCGGUGGAGGUGAUUCCAGCAAAGGACGUGCAGACAGGUGGCAUCUUUCAACUCAGGCAGGGUCAGUCACGCCGAAUCCAAGUGGACGUGAAGUCUGUGCAGGAGUCGGGAACGUUGCCUCUCAUGGAAGAAUCCAUCUUAUCCGUCGGAGUGGGUUGCGUUCAGAUAAGACACAUCAAGUCUCCAAAGAGUCACGAGCCUCAUCAGGAGGAAGAUGACGACAUGGACAGUUACCAGGACAGAGACCUGGAGAGGCUGCGUCGGAAGUGGCUGAACGCCCUUACGAAACGCCAGGAGUAUUUGGAUCAACAGUUGCAGAAACUUGUGGGGAAGCCCGACAAAACAGAAGACGAUGCGGACCGAGAGGCCCAGUUGUUAGAGAUGAGGUUGACCCUGACAGAAGAGAGGAAUGCCGUCAUGGUGCCUUCAGCUGGCAGUGGGAUUCCUGGAGCACCGGCUGAAUGGACACCUGUGCCUGGCAUGGAGACGCACAUUCCGGUCAUUUUCCUUGAUUUGAAUGCAGACGACUUCAGCUCUCAGGAUAACCUCGAUGAGCCGGAAGCGGGUGGCUGGGAUGCCACCCUGGCUGCUGAAGAUGAAGAGGAAUUCUUUGAACUGCAGAUCGUAAAGUACCACGAGAGCGAGGCGAAGGCGGAAGCAUCCUGGGACUCCACUGUCCACGACUGCACGCAGCUCAGCAAAGGGACGGCAGCAGAGCAGAGGGUCUUCCUCAUCGUGCGGGUGACGGUGCAGCUCAGCCACCCCGCGGAAAUGCAGCUCGUCCUUCGUAAGCGCAUCUGCGUCAACGUCUACGGGAAGCAGGGUUUUGCUCAGAGUCUCCUGAGAAGGAUGUCGUACCGAAGUUCCGUGCCUGGUUGCGGGGUCACCUUUGAAAUAGUUUCCAAUAUCCCAGAGGACGCUCAGGGGGCAGAGGAACGUGAGGCGCUAGCAAGGAUGGCAGCCAACGUGGAAAACGCCACUUCAGCUGACUCAGAAGCCCACAUAGAGAAAUACCUCCGAAGUGUGCUGGCCGUGGAAAACAUUCUCACACUAGACCGGCUACGCCAGGAGGUCGCUGUAAAGGAACAGCUAACGGGCAAAGGAAAACUGUAUCGGAAGAGCCUCAGUUCGCCAAACGUCAAUCGACUCUCCGGAAGCCGCCAAGAUCUAAACCCACCAUACAGCCUCGCUACUUACAAAUGUCCCCAGGUCCUGGCAGAGAGCCGUUGGGAAAGCCAGCAAGACAUUUCGCAAACCUCAGCAGAUUCCAACCGGUCCAGGACAAGUCUCCCGGGUUCUCCUCAGCAGAAUGGGUCUCCUGAUCCAGGACUUGGUAGCCUGGCCGCCUCUUACUUGAAUCCCGUGAAGUCCUUCGUGCCUCAAAUGCCAAAGAUACUUAAAUCUCUGUUUCCGGUUAGAGAUGAGAAGAAGGGCAAGCAACUGUCUCCCCUUGCACAGCAGCCCGUUCCACGGAUCAUGGUUCAGUCGGCCAGCAUUGACGCCAGCGCUGCGAAAGCGAAGCAGGUCGUCCAAGGGGAAGGGAGCAGAGGGCCCUUUGAGGUGGCCGCGCAGACCACGGAGUCAGAGAAGAGCCCCGAAAGGCCGCCCAAAGUGCCUCCCCAUCAGCCCACCGCGGAUGUGACGGCACAGGACUCCCAGGAGGGGCCGCCCAGCCCCCUGAGCGAAGCGUCCAGCGGCUACUUCUCUCACAGCGUUUCCACGGCCACCCUUUCUGAGGCACUUGCGCCCGGGAACGACGCCCCUGUCCAGGCCGGGAGCCAGACGCCCACAGCAGCCGACGCGCCCCAGCCGGCCUCCGCUACUGAGGUUCCUGUGAAACCGUGUUCUGCUCUAGCUUCUGACUCUUGCUCUCCCCUUGGGAGAGGGGAUCCGCUUACCCCUGGCCUUCAACUGGAUCCAAUGAGAACUAAGGACAGUGAGAAAGUGAGCGGCGACGGCCACGUCAGGUCAAAGGCCGUUGUCUCUUCCACGGCUCCGAGCGAGGACCCCGGGCCUGCCUCUCUGGCUCCGGAUGUGCCAGGCUGCCCUUCUACCUCCCUCUCCAAGACAGAGGUGCCCUUGGCCCAGCAGCCGGCGACGUUGCCAACCGGGAGCCCGCGUCCUGUCGCCAGGCACGUGAAACCAGCACCUCUACGUGACGAGGAGCCUUCCCGGUCCCCGGUUCUUCCCGAGGCCUCCUCUCAGCCCGGCGUCCCCGGCUCACCGUUCAAAAUCCAAAGAGUAAGAACUUCAGAACUGAGGUCCUUCUCUGACAUGUUGGGGGGAGAGCCCGGAGGGCCCUGCGGUUCGGAGGAGCAGAAGCGCAAGCAGCACGAGGGCACGGGGGCGGGCGCGGAGGAGAAACCGGACGCCGCCUCCGACUCGGAAGAAGCCAACGAGAUCCCCGAGUGGCUGAAGGAGGGCGAGUACGUGACCGUCGGUACGAAUAAAACGGGGACGGUGAGAUACGUGGGCCCAACAGACUUCCAGGAGGGAACCUGGAUCGGCGUCGAGUUGGAUUUGCCCUCAGGUAAGAACGACGGUUCCAUCGGCGGACGGCAAUACUUCAAGUGCAAUCCAGGCUACGGGCUCCUGGUGAAGCCAAGCCGGGUCAGAAGAGCCACAGGGCCCACGAGGCGCCGCAGCGCCGGGAUGCGACUCCAAGGUGGAGCCGCGCCUGAGCACCGGCGAAGCGGCACCCUCUCCGGCUCGGCCUCCAACCUUGCUUCUCUGACCGCCUUGGCCAAAACGGAGGGGGGAUCCACGCCGCGGCUCGAAAAGAGCCAGAAGAACGCCGAGAACAGGAAAUCGUGGGCUACCUGAAAGCGGACGGCUGGCUCAGGCGCGGCCGCCUGGCUCCACACUACCUGGAGAAGCUGACACUUUGGGGGAACGGCCUUACUUCGCACAGCCCGGCCCACCUGGGCGAGAUAGCCAAGACCGGCGGAUCCGUCACGGGUGUUUGGGGCUCCGUGUUCUCCGCUUUGGGCACCGAUAAUACGCUAAGUCCUUGUCAUGAAGGAGCCCCACACGGAGGCUCCUGAUGCAAACGGUGACCCCUCCGCGCGUGCGUUCCUCAGCCUCCUUCCCUCCUCUCGCUCCCCAAACCCCACAGCCGCUAGCCCCAGCCAUGAGCGGGUAAUUCAAGGGCAGCCGACCGACGGCGUCCCUUUCCAGUCCCUCGGGGGUUGGUUGCCGGGGCGUCUGCCUAGGUCGGCGUCCGCGUGCCGCCAUUCAACCACGGGAAAGUACAGGAAGUCACAUGACCUGGCAGAUAGCGGCCUACCAGAAACGGUGCCUCUCUUGAGUAUCGUCUUCCAGUCUUUUAACUACUCUUGUUGACGUUCAUGGGAAGACCUGGCCCUGUCCUGCGCCGGUAGGAGAGGCUGAUGCCGAAUCCAGACAAAUGCCUAAAAACCUUUAUUUUAUUUUAUUUUAAUCCUUGGUCUAGCUGAUGAUGGUGGUCUAGCUUGUUUUAUUUUUCUGUUUGUUUGUUUGUUUGUUUGUU